AUGGCACCCGAUAAGCAGUGGAUGAAUCUUGUUAAUGAUCGACUAAGUGAAACAUAUCAGUUUGGCAUUAAGGAAUUUUUAAGAUAUGCUUCAAAAAAGUUGGGAGAUUGUGAAAUUCGAUGUCCAUGUGUCAAGUGUAAUAACACUUAUGAAAGAAGUCAUGAAGUGGUUGAAACCCAUAUAACAGUUUAUGGCAUAGUCCAAAAUUAUACAUUUUGGUAUCAUCAUGGAGAAAGGAAAGGUGAAUCUGAAUCUGAAUCUGAAUGCGAGGGUGAAGAAGAUGAUGUAUUAGAAACCAUAGGAGAGGAAGAGAUUCAUGGGAUUAUGAGGGACUUCUUUCCUACUUUAGAUGCUUUGAACAAAAAUAGAGCAGAUUUUGGUGGCUCAAGCCAUAAUGUGCAAAAAGAGGAUCCUAAUGAUGAAGCAAAGAAAUUUUAUAGGCUAUUGACAGAUUUGGAGCAACCAUUAUAUGAAGGUUCUAAGAGUUCAAAAUUAUCUACUAUAAUCAAGCUAUUACAUAUCAAGAGCCUUGGUCGCUGGAGUAAUGAGUCAUUUACUAUGUUAUUACAAAUAUUACAAGAUGAAUUACUCCCUGAUGGUUCGACUUUGCCAAAUUCAUAUUAUGAGGCAAAGAAGAUUAUCCAAGAUCUUGGACUCUCGUACAAGAAGAUAGAUGCAUGUGUCAAUAAUUGUAUGUUAUAUUGGAAGAAAGAUGAGAAGUCUGACUUUUGUAGUAUAUGUGGAGCUUCAAGAUGGAAAAAUGAUAAUUGUAAUGGAGAAAUCAAAGUUGGAAGGAAUGGCAAAAGAAAACCCGUAAAAAUAUUGCGGUACUUCCCUUUAAAGCCGAGGCUUCAAAGGCUAUUCAUGUCCAGUAAGAUAGCGUCCUUUAUGAGAUGGCACCAUGACAAAAGAGUAGAUGAUGGAGUAAUGAGGCAUCCAGCUGAUUCUUUACAGUGGAAAUCUUUUGAUGAAAUGCAUGAAAAUUUUGCUUCAGAGCCUCGUAAUGUGAGACUUGGUCUUGCAAGUGAUGGGUUCCAACCAUUUGCACAUUCCAAAACUUCAUAUAGUAUUUGGCCAGUAUUUCUUAUUCCAUACAAUUUACCUCCUUGGAUGUGCAUGAAAGACUCUAAUUUCAUUCUGUCAAUGAUCAUACCGGGUCCUGAGGGACCAGGGGAUGCUAUUGAUGUCUAUCUCCAACCUUUAAUAGAAGAAUUACAAGAGCUGUGGGAAGUAGGAGUUGAAACAUUUGAUGCAUCAAUUCUCCAGAAUUUCAAGAUGCAUGCAGCUUUACUAUGGACCAUUAAUGAUUUUCCUGCAUAUGGAAACUUGUCAGGUUGGAGCACUAAGGGUAAAUUAGCUUGUCCUUGUUGUAACAAGGAUGCCUUUUCUAUGAGGUUAAACAAUAGCAGAAAGCAAUGUUUCAUGCGCCAUCGUCGUUAUCUUCCAAUAAAUCACAAAUGGCGCAUUGACAAGAAAUCAUUUGAUGGCACGACAGAGUAUGGAUUACCACCAAAACAUCUUACUGGUCAGGACAUUCUAGAUCAGGUGAAAGAUCUUGAAGGAGUCAUUUUAUCUAAAGAUGCUAGUAAAAAGACCAAAGUCUCACAUGAUAAUAGAAGGGAUAAUUGGAAUAAGAAAAGCAUUUUUUUCAAACUUCCAUACUGGAGUAGUCUUUUGUUGCGGCAUAAUUUGGAUGUGAUGCAUAUCGAGAAGAACAUAUGUGAUAAUGUGCUUGGAACAAUUAUGAACAUUAAAGGGAAGACCAAAGAUACUGUUAAGUCUCGUCUUGAUUUGGAAGCAAUGAAUAUUAGACCAGAGUUGCACCCAAUACAAAAAGGAGACAAGUUUGUGUUGCCAGCUGCUACUUACACAUUAACUCAUGAAGAAAAGCAUACAUUUUGUAUGUUUUUAAAGCAAUUAAAAGUGCCAGAUGGGUUUUCAUCUAACAUUUCACAUUAUGUUAGUAUUAAAGAACAUAAGAUUUCAGGUUUGAAGAGUCAUGAUUGUCAUGUUCUCCUACAACACUUACUUCCUCUUGCAUUACGUGGUCUUCUUCCCAAAUCAGUAUGUGAACCAUUAUUUGAAUUGUCUUUGUUUUUCAAAAUUUUGGGUGCAAAGACUUUACGGGUGGAGGAGUUGGAGCAAAUUGAAUCUCAAAUUGCCACAACUCUUUGUAAAUUGGAAAUGAACUUUCCCCCUUCAUUUUUUGAUGUGAUGGUCCAUUUGCCUAUUCAUUUAGCCCUUGAAGCCAAAAUUGCCGGACCUAUCCAAUAUCGAUGGAUGUACCCUAUUGAGCGAGAGUUAUAUGAGUUAAAACAACUCAUUCGUAACUUAGCUUGUCCUGAGGGCUCAAUUGCAGAGGGUUACAUUGCAAAAGAAUGUAUGACACUUUGCUCAAGAUACUUCACUAACAUUGAGACAAAGUUCAAUCGCCUUAAUCGAAAUCAUGAUGCUAGAAGUCAAGAACACAAAAGUGAUUUAUUAAUAUUUUCACAACUUGGACGUGCAUUGGGAUCUGGCAUGACUCGGGAUCUUCGCAUGGAUGAGUGGGAACAAGCUCAUCUUUUUGUUCUAAAGAAUUGUGAUGCAGUUCAACCUUUUUUAGAGGAGUAUUUGCAACUCCAAGCUAGAGCAGCAUUACAAAUGUCCAAUAAGCAAAGUGAUAGAAGGUUUAUUAAUUGGUUUAAAAUUAGAGUUGCAGCGCUACAUAAACAUGACAAUCAUAAAAUUACAGAGGAAUUGCUCUCUUUGUCACGUGGUCCCUCCCAAUCAGUUUGUUGCUUCAAUGGUUAUGUUGUGAAUGGGUAUAGGUUUCGUGUAGAAUGUCAUGACAAAGGAUUUAGAACACAAAAUUGUGGGGUGGUUGUGAGUGGUGACAUUGGGUCUGAAAUGGGAAAUAUAGAUUACUAUGGAAUCUUAACUGAGAUUAUUGAGUUGCAGUAUCUUGGUGGUAGAAGGGUGGUACUGUUUCGUUGUAAAUGGUUUGAUGUGCAUGAUAAGGAAAAGGGGGCCAAAGUAGAUGAGUAUGGUUUCACCACUAUAAAUUGUGAUCGCUUGUUAAAGACAAAUGAGCCAUUUGUCUUGGCAUACCAAGCAUUCCAAGUGUUUUAUGCCAUUGACACUAUCAACAAAGGUUGGCAGGUUGUUGUGAAAACACAACCACGUGAUUCUUAUGACUUGCCUUUACAAAUGGAUGACAUUUGUGAUGAAAUGGAUAAUAUUAGUGAAGCAUAUCAACAAGGGGAAUCAUUCAAUUAUAAAGAGGCAAAUCCCAUUUCAACUACAAUAGACAAUGAAAUCAAUUGGGCAAGGGAAAAUGUGGAGCCAAUGGCCGUUGAAGUGGCAACUAAAAGAAAGAAAAGAAAAAGAAGAUGUUAG